AUGCCAACCGCUUUGUGGACCUCUGUGCUGUUUUUAAUUCAACUGCUGUUUCCAGUUUUCUUAAGUGCUCGCAUAACUCAAGAUACGCUAGACGACGACUACAACGUCUUCUACAGUGUCGUCGUCUCCACCUCCGACUCCGGCGAGCCGGCCGCCACUUCGAUCCGGCUAGGCGCGUCGGGAGAAGCGGGAACUGCCGUCGCCGAUAUUGCCGAGGCGGGAGCAAGCGCCACGUGGGCGAAUCUUACUCGUCCGCCACCUCCCUCGCCCAAGAGCAAAAAGAACAAGGGCACACCGCCCCCUCCGCCUCCUCCGAAAUACACUUAUGGCACUAACGGGACGUGGCUUAAAGCGAGUACACUGACCACGUUCGGCGUGCAGACACGAAAGGAGCUGGUGGAUGCGAUUAUAGCGAAGCCGGAUGGUUACUACGCGUCAUUCGCGACGGCUGCUUAUGAGUCGGGUGCGGCGCGGGGGCAGUUUCAGUCGGACCCGCUUCAGCCGCCGCCUAAGGACAAGAAGGGCGGGAAGGAUGGAGGGAAGAAUGGAGGGAAGAAUGGAGGGAAGAAUGGAGGGAAGAAUGGAGGGAAGGAUGGAGGGAAGGAUGGAGGGAAGGAUGGAGGGAAGGAUGGAGGGAAGGAUGGAGGGAAGGAUGGAGGGAAGGAUGGAGGGAAGGAUGGAGGGGAUUCUUUCGGCGCUCCUAUCGCUGUGUUGGAAGCGCGAGUCAACGGCUCCAGUGCUGACCUCAGCGGUGACGUCAACGCCACAGGCUGCAUUUCCCUCUCCGUCUUUCAAAACGCUGACAAGAACGACUACGACAUUACUUACUCAGUACACGUGAAUCUAACCGACCCUGGCGAGCCCACCAGCUUCGUCAUCAAGAAAGGCGCUGACGUGGCACUCACCGUGGACACCAGCGACGCCAUGUGGCUCAAUAGCACGCUCUCAGAUGCCGAGCGCGCCAAGCUGGCCGGCAAACCGAAUCCCAAGGGCAAGAAGGGCAAGCAGCCGCCUCCCCCGCCCCUCCUUCCCCUUGGCUACACCUACGAAAUGAUCGGGUAUUGGCUAAGCGCCAGUACUUUGACAGCGGAUAACGGGCAGACUUACAAGUCGCUAGCAGAUGCCAUGCUGGCUGAUCCUGACGCUUACUCUGCUCUCAUCUACACCAAGACGUACGAGGCUGGUGCAGCGAGCGGUGCUUUUGCAAAUGUCACCAAGGGUGGUGGUGCAGGGGAUGGGAAACUGGCCAUCAAAUUGGCUGUCAAGUUGGCCAGUAAACUGGCCAUCAAAGUCAGAAACGGACUUGCCUGA